AAGAAGAAAUAAAAGAAUAUUGUACAGAUUUUCAAGAUGGCGAUAGCCAUAAUUUAUUGUACGUUGCUGCUAUUAUAUCUACAGGGGAAUAGUGCACAACAAUGUUUGCAUAAUAAUCAAAAUGUAGGCGUAAACAACGCCAUCGGGUUCCAACAACCAUUGCAAAGGACGAAUACAGCGAAUAACAUAAACCAAACCCCAAAUGGAGGAUUUAACAUCAAUUUUCCAGUGCAACCCAAUAUGCAACAAGGCAAUUUGCAACAAGCCAGCUGCGCGAAUUUGCAGGGGAAUAUACAGCCAUCAUUGAGUCUCCAAGCUAAUUUACAGUCACAGGCCGGGUCAGGGCCACUACCUAAUGUCCAGUUUGUCAAACAAGGAUCAGUUCAGUUGUCUCCCGGCUUUGGACCCAAUCAGGCAAAAUCACAAUCAAGCACGGCGCAGUUAAAUACUGGUUGUCGACAAAAUCAAAUUUCGCAACAGCAAAACGUGGCUACUAUUUCAAAUGUACCAACGUCAGUUACACAAAACGCUCCGUUCGCAUCUAAUGCACUUGCGGAAUUAGCAGCUCUGAAAGGCCAUCCUUCAUUAUUGUCACUUUUUACCGCGCAAAGUAACGCUCAGCCGCAACAGAACCAACAAAUGGCUAAUUUUAAUCCAUCGCAAAACCAAUUAUCGGACGUGCAAAAACAAUUUUUGGUUCGUGCUCUUCAGUCACAAACUUCUGGACAAAAUCAACCUUCUGUGAAUUUCGGAGGACCUCAAACACAGUUCAAAAUAGGCGCUGCAGAUAAUCGACCAACUGUCACCUUCCAAUCUUCACCUGUUUCGCAGCAGCAGCCCCAGGCCAUAGUGACUCCAAUAGCCAGCCAACAACCUUAUAUAACAGUCCAAGCUCAACCAUUAACAACUUAUCUUCAAAAUCAACAACCACAAGUUAUAGAGGAACCGUCAUUAAUGUCACUCAUUUUAUCAGAACUCCAGCCCACCCAGGAAACCCAGUAUCCAGUGUACCCGCCGUACCCAGUACAAAAAGAGUCGAAAUCAAAUCUGAAAUCGUUGAUCCCGUUGAUAAUAAAUUUACUCAAAGAGAAAAAUAACUGUGGCUGCCGGAAUUGUGGGUGUCCGAAUACCGGAUGUGGUGGUGUGAACAAUACGCCUGAACCAACUAUAUUUGGAGGAUACGCGAAUCAAAUGAAUUAUAGUCAAGGGACGGUAGAAACGCCUACGAAAACUACUACAAAAGAAAGUAAGGUUGAAGAAGUGAAAAAUAAGAAUAAAAAAGAACGAAAAAAAUUAAAGAAGAAUGAUGUAAAGGUUGAGAGUGAAGAGGCUUCUGAAGAAAAUGAUUCAGAGUAUGAAGACGAUAGCGAAGAAAAUUAAACAUAAGUAGAAAAUAAAAUAUAAGGUACUAAUUGGUUACUGAUAGAAAAAAUGUGAUAGUUCAUACAUAAUAGAAUGUAAACCUAAAAUUAAGUAUUUAUUUGCAUUUAUAAUACAAUUGGAAUAAGACUUUGAAUAAUUUUUGCAAUCGAUGUUUUAUUGCUGAACAAUUUGGUGUUAAAGCAAGAUUAACCAGC